AUGCACCAACGCGACCUGAACCUCACGGCCCAACAAUCUGGUCUCACCUUCGACAUACCCAACCUCCCCCGACCUCAAAGCACUACUGUAUCGCUCACUUCUAUUCCUUCUGCAUGUACGCAGUACACUGGUAGCGGCAAGGAAUGCGCUGCUUCAAUGGACGCGGUCAACAUCACCUUUGCUGACUGUGGCUCGCCGUAUACGGUCUGUCGUUGCAGCAAUGCCAACAUCACACUGGAUGAUGCCACAAACGCGCUUGCCCGUGUUCCUGUGGAUCUGCGAAGACAUGUUGGGACGGUCAUGGUCAUGCCGGGUAGCAGUGCGCACGCGUAUACGUAUAUGAACAGUGGGGAGAUACAUUUCUUUGGAGUGUGCAGCCAACGAACGUGGAUACACGAAUCUACACAUGCUGCCUCGGGAGCGCUGGGGAUCAAUGCUGCUAGCGGGAAUGGGUCAUGGGAGGAAGCGGUAUCCAAGGAUACCUGUGUCCCUGAUAAUUACGCGAAGACUGAUCUCGCAGAGGAUCUCGCCCAGAUGAGUGUGGUCAAAGUGUACUCGCUUCUCAGCAAUAAUACGCUUCCUCCGGGAUUUACGACGGAUUGCAUGUCAAAUCAGUGGGCCUUUUUGGAUGCGCUUCCUCUCUACAAUCCAAACACGUUGUUCGGAGAUUCCUGCUCAUUUGAACCGGAUAACGAUAAAGCGCAACAUAACAUUGCUCCGUGA